AUGGAUGAAAAAGUGGUUGAAUACCAAAUUAGUGUCACAGACGCAAGUCCAGAGUAUAUUGAAUAUUACCCAGUAGCUGAAGAAGCGUCAGAUGUUGAUAACCAAAAUCUCACGGAUGUUGAAGAAUUCACAUCUUUGGAAGGCGAAGAAGAAGUCGGAGAGGAGCAAAUUGAUGGCUCCAGCCAACAAAAAUCACAUCUUUCGAUGCAAGCAUUAUGUGCUCUUUGGUUCAAAUCGGUAAAAAAUCUUGCAAUAAGAGUUUCUCCUCAAAAAUCAUUUUUCAUUUACAGAAAGUUGGUGUGCAAACCGAAAGAAAUCGAGAUUUUCGAGAGUUUGAAUUGAAAUACACAUCAUUUGUCGAGGGAAUCUGCCCAGUUUUUCGAUCUUGUUGUGGUGUUACAAACAUCGGCGAAGACCUCCCAAAACUCAUCGAAGAGAUGACAAAACUUGGACUCGAUAAUUUCUGGCCAUUUGAGAAUGCGGGAUUUCAAACCAAUGUUCAAGAAAUGCGCGAACUUUUUGGGAAAAUACUAGAAAUUGUCAAAACUUGCUUUAUGUUCGCUUGUUGUGAACGUGGAUAUGUGAUAUCGCAUGCUGAUAAAAGAUUCAAGUUUUCGAAUCGAUGGAAGGAGGAAAUCAACUCGCGAGAUGAAUUGGUAACAUUCCAAGUGAUCACAAAUAAGCUCAUUGAAUUGUGUGAAUCAAAAAAUUGGACAAAUGGUGAUAUGAGCUUUUCUAAUGGUCUCAAACGAUAUUUCGAUGUUUUGAUCCCGGCAUUAGACAAUUUCAAUAGUGAAGUUCUUGCUGAAAAUGGAAUUAGUGAUCGGAUGAAUCAGAUUCAUUCGAGAAAAGAAAUUGGAUUUGCGAUCUCGGUUGAAGAAGUUGACGAGGUCAUUUUCAUACACAUACAAUUACAGAUCGGCUUAUUAUUAGUCUAUUAUUGACUCAUUUUGAGAUUUGGCUUAUCAUAAGCUAAUACGGUACAUAUUAUUAGUCAAAAAUCGAUGAAAUUUUCUAAAUCUAGCCCAGAAUUAGCAGAAGCUGCUUUAUGAUCAAUUUGAAAGUGAAAAAUAUGAAAUUACAUUCAUCUAACAAUUCUUUUUUUUUUCAGGGGAUCUCUGAAAGUGUAGAAUUGUUAGAUGAAUGUAAUUUCCUAUUUUUCAUUUUCAAAUUGAUCAUAAAGCAGCUUUUGCUAAUUUUGGGCUAGAUUUAGAAAAUUGCAUCGAUUUUUGACAAAUAAUAUGUAUUAGCUUAUAAUAAGCCAAAAUUCAAAAUAAGUCAAUAAUAGACUAAUAAUAAGCUGAUCUAUAAUUGCCUGUGUAUUUCCAGAUGCUUGCCGUUUCAUUGACAAUGAGAGGUUUUGGUAACUUCACUGCUUGUGCAAUGCAAUGUGUUGAUAUUUUCUCAACAGCUGAUCAACUUGAAAAGUAACCAUCUUAGUUAAAUACCCUCCCAUCUUCCUUCAAUACUAGAUUUUUUCAGAAUCCUUGAAAAAUCCGGCGAAAUGUUGAAAACCAUCGAUAUCCGAACUGGAAUUGGUGCAUUGAAGGCAGUUACUCGAAUAUUCUCUGUUAUUUCAGCCGAUGAAAGUGCAAAUAUAUUUGAGAAAUGUCUAGACAACAGCAACAACAAACCUGAAAUCUCGCGGAUUCUCGGAUAUCCUCCCAGUGAAAUAUUGAAAAGGUCGAAAAAUGAAAAGGCGGAACUUUUGAAAUUGUUCUAUGUUGCGCAUUCGGUGGAUCUGAAGGAAAGAUAUGAUUUCGAUGUGCCGAAAUGUUUAGCAGCUAUAAAAGCCUUUUUAUGCGCUGUUCGAUGUUGCCGAUGUGAAUCAAAUGAUCCUCCAGAUUUUGUGUAA